GAUCUAUUUAUCCAUCGCAUCCAUUGGAUCCAUCGGCAUCCAUUGGAUCCUUUUAAAACAGGAUCUAUUUAUCCAUCGCAUCCAUUGGAUCCUUUUAAAACAGGAUCUAUUUAUCCAUCGCAUCCUUUGGAUCCAUUGGAUCCUUUUAAAACAGGAUCUAUUUAUCCAUCGCAUCCAUUGGAUCCAUCGCAUCCAUUGGAUCCUUUUGAAACAGGAUCUAUUUAUCCAUCGCAUCCUUUGGAUCCAUCGCAUCCAUUGGAUCAUUUUAAAACAGGAUCCUAUUUAUCCAUCGCAUCCUUUGGAUCCAUCGGAUCCAUUUUUUUUUUAACAACAACUUAUCAAAAAAAUGGAUCCGAUGUUUACAACGGAUGUUUAGCUAUAACUAAAUGCUUAUCCGGUGUAUCCAUCGGAUCCAUUUUUUUUUUACAACAACUUAUCAAAAAAAUGGAUCCGAUGGAUACAACGGAUGUUUAG